CGCUUACACUGACCAACUAAAGAGUUCCAACGCAUUGAACCGGUACCGUUUCAUAUAUAACCGUUUCAUACUUAUUAAAAUAUUCACGCUCUUUUACGCUAACUCUGGGAUGUCUCCCCCAGAUGCCCGAACACGUCGAAAAAUCAGCUUGAAACCAGCCAGAGUGCUGACUGGAUCAAUCGGCAACAGACUUAUACCAACCAUACUACCCUCCAAUGUCGUCUUCGUGCUUGCGCUCUAUGCAGCAAAAGAGCUACUUCUCUCGUAUGAUGUGGGAGUGUUUUGGGUGCUUAUGAGGGUGUUGGCUUGCGGCGGUUUGGGUAUGCUGACAUGGGAAGCUUUUACGGGGAAGCUUAUGAAGAAUUGCAAUAUAGAGUGGACAGCAAUUGGCGUGUCGUCAUUAUUGCUCUUCGUGCAGCAAGCAGCCCUAUUUACAGCAUUGUAUCGUCUUCCCUCUCCGAGGGUAAUGUUGUUCAGUCAUUUCUCCGCGAUGUGGGUGGAGUCAUUUAUAGCCCCCGCUUCGAUGUGGAAGCCUAUCUUGACUUUCUCGUCAUUUUUACUUUCAUUUGCUUCUGAUACGUUUUUAUCUAAACGCAGCGUCUCUAUCAUUGUUCCUGGUUAUGGAGCCUUAGUUAUGCAUGGCAUAUCCACCUAUGCUCUUGAACAUCUUCGUGGUGUCUUGGCUCCAACUGUACACCCCACGUUGACAACUGCUGCCAGUACACUCGGCGCGGCGCUUGUCGGACUCCCGCUGUACGCCUUCAGACAAGCCAUCCUUGACCCUCCCCCAAUACCCGUUGUUCCUGUAACCUCCUUGGCAGUUCUUCCAAUUCUGGCAUAUACCAUGAUAUUUCUGACGCCGGACACAAUUGGCAUGCAAUUCAACGUUGCCCAGACCUCUCAAGUGUUCUUGGUCUCCUACCCAAUCGCCUUUCUUGUUGCGACUGCCAUGGGUUUUCUAGGUUUUUCACAGCACCCACGUUCGACCGAUUUACUAGUGGGGGUGAUGCUCUAUUAUUCGAUAUAUCCGGACAAUGAUCCCACACUAUCUGGUCCAUCGCGUACUCCAGUGUCGAAAGUUGUUCGGUUCUAUUUGAACUCGAUCCUUUCGGACCCUGAGUCGAGAAAGAUUUUCUAUUUCCUCGUGUUGAAUCUGGCCUUCAUGCUAGUUCAGAUGCUAUACGGCAUCUGGACUAACAGCUUGGGUCUUAUCUCUGAUGCUAUUCAUAUGGCCUUUGAUUGCUUGGCUAUUGGUGUCGGCUUACUAGCCUCGAUCAUGGCAAAGUGGCCUCCAGAUGAACGAUUCACGUACGGAUACGGCCGAAUUGAAACUCUGUCAGGAUUCGCUAAUGGGAUAUUCCUCAUCCUAAUAUCUGUUUUUAUAGUCUUUGAGGCUGUACAACGAAUAUUGGACCCUCCGGAAAUGACGACGAACCAGCUGUUACUAAUUAGUUCCCUCGGACUUGGUGUUAACUUGUUUGGCAUGUAUGCUAUGGGCGGCCAUCAUCACCACCACGGUCACUCCCAUAAUCACGGGCAUACACAUCAGCAUCAAUCACAUAAUGGGCAUACUCAUCACGAUCACUCGCACACUCAUGGUGACCAUGCCCACGAACAUGACAGUCACUCGUCUUCGCUAUCCCAUGAAGACUCACACGCACACAAUCACUCCUCACAUUGCCACUCAUCAAAUGACACAUCCUGCCCGGAUCAUGGCUCUCAUUCUCAUUCAGACUCGCAUUCGCAUUCAGAUCAUGCACAUACCCAUCCUGCCUCUCCUGAGGGCUCUUUAAUACGUGGCCGCAAGCCCCACUCUCGAGGUUCUUCCCUCCACAUACCCAUUGAUGGCGCCCAAGUCGCAUCUGCUAUCCCAUUUCCCCUGUCUUCCCCCAGUGGUGCAGACUCGCCAAUUUCACCCAGCUACCCUAGCACUUUAAAGCAUGACCAUCACCACCACUACCACCAUGGGAUGGAGUCUUUGAAACACAGCCCGCGCAAUCAUGAUCAUGAUCAUGAUCGCUGUCAUGAACAUGAACACGGACAUCAUCAUGAAGGACACAGUGACAACAUGCGCGGCGUUUUUUUGCAUGUUAUGGCGGACACGCUCGGUUCUGUCGGUGUCAUUAUCUCGACCCUUCUCAUCCAGUUUUAUGGAUGGACAAUAUUCGAUCCCAUAGCAUCGUUGUUCAUUGCAGUCAUGAUUGCUGCAAGUGUCAUACCGUUGGUAAUUGACACAGGUAGGGUCCUAAGCCUUGAUAUGGGGAGCCGCAAGAAAGAAGUUCAACAAGCUCUCUCUGAGCUUGCCUUCGUGGAUGGCGUCACCUCAUACUCAUCCCCCCAGUUCUGGCCCAAAGACUCAGCAAAAGUCAUUGGCUCGAUUCACAUCCAGGUCGCGCUUUCAUCACACAAACAUCCUGACACUGAUGGCGUGCGCGAACGCGUGUAUGCCCUUUUGAGGAGCAGAAUUUCGGGGCUUGAAGAGUUGACCAUACAGUUAGAAGAGGGGGGAGAGUCGUUGGAAAGUAGAUAACGUGCACUGAACCCACGCCAUCGCAUAUAUUUGUAUUAAUCGUACGCCAUGCAUCCAUUCGCAUCACCUUGUGUGACCAGAUGUUUUCUACUAAUGAAAUGGCUACUGCCAGUGCAAGCCAACGCGUCUUCUUCCAAUGACGAUCGAUUGACAGGCUCG